AACCAGAAGGUGAAAGUUUUCCCUGAUCAAGUCGGCAGGAGUGGUGGUGCACAUAUAGAGGGGUGGAGAGGGCGCGGCUUGUUCAGACGUUCUCUGUCCUGACAACGACGACGACGACGACGACGACGACGAUGAUGUCGCCGAAGUUGAUAUUUUUGCUAGGAUCCCUGUAUCUAUUUGCUGCGACACAGGUCAAGGCGCAAGAUGAAGAAGGCGGCGACGGGACUGACCCAAACGCCGAGGAACUUUGUCAGGACAGGCCGGGUGACGAGUACUUUCGCUUGAGCGUUGAAGGGGAUUGUCGCGAUGUCGUGAGGUGCGACAAGGCCAGCGAGAUCGGCGUAACAAGACUGGCGACGGUACGGUGCCCCACGGGUCUCGCCUUCGACAUCGAGCGGCAGACUUGUGACUGGAAGACGAACGUGAAGAACUGCGAUCAGCUCGAGAAACCGCGUAAAGUUUUGCCCAUCCUUAAGACCGACGAACCCAUUUGUCCGGAGGGGAAACUGUCGUGUGGUAACGGCGAGUGUAUCGAGAAGGAUCUCUUCUGUAACGGCACGCCCGACUGCAAGGACGAGUCCGACGAGAAUGCCUGCACCGUGGAGACCGAUCCUAAUCGCGCUCCCGAUUGCGAUCCCACGCAAUGCGUCCUGCCCGAUUGCUACUGUUCCGCUGACGGUACUCGCAUCCCGGGUAACAUCGACCCUCAACAAGUGCCGCAAAUGAUCACGAUUACGUUCAACGGUGCCGCGAAUGUCGACAACAUCGAUCUGUACGAUGAGAUCUUCAACGGGCAACGUCAGAACCCGAACGGCUGCCAGAUCCGCGGUACCUUCUUCGUCUCGCACAAGUACACCAAUUAUUCGGCCGUGCAGGAUCUCCAUCGACGUGGCCAUGAGAUCGCCGUAUUCUCGUUAACGCACAAGGAGGAUCCGCAGUACUGGAGCCAGGGAACGUACGACGAUUGGUUGGCCGAGAUGGCCGGUGCCAGGCUGAUCAUCGAGCGUUUCGCCAACAUCACCGAUGGCUCCAUCAUCGGUAUGCGCGCUCCUUACCUCAGAGUCGGCGGCAACAAACAGUUCGAGAUGAUGGCCGAUCAGUUCUUCGUCUACGACGCGUCCAUCACCGCGUCCCUGGGACGUGUACCCAUCUGGCCGUACACCUUGUACUUUAGGAUGCCUCACAAGUGUAACGGCAACGGUGGCAACUGUCCGUCGAGGUCGCAUCCGGUCUGGGAGAUGGUGAUGAACGAGCUGGACCGCAGAGAUGAUCCGACCUUCGACGAAUCGCUGCCGGGUUGUCACAUGGUCGACUCCUGCUCCAACAUACAGAGCGGCGAACAGUUUGCCCGACUGCUCAGGCAUAACUUCAACAGGCACUUCAAUAGCAAUCGGGCACCGCUCGGUCUGCACUUCCACGCAUCCUGGUUGAAGAGCAAGAAGGAGUAUAAGGAUGAGUUAAUCAAGUUCAUCGAGGAGAUGAUCGCCAGGAGUGAUGUGUACUUCGUCACCAUGGUCCAGGUGAUCAAGUGGAUGCAGCAGCCCACCGAACUGUCCGCUCUCAGAGACUUCCAGGAUUGGAAGGAAACUUGCGACGAGAAGGGUCUACCCUAUUGCUCGCUGCCCAAUGCCUGUCCUCUGACGACCAGGGAGCUGCCAGGCGAGACCCUGCGUCUCUUCACUUGCAUGGAAUGUCCCAACAAUUAUCCGUGGCUGCUGGACCCAACCGGCGACGGCUUUUCCGCGAAGAAGUGAUCCAUCAUCAGCGAGACGAGAUGAUUAGCCGAGAUGAUUAAAAGCGUGACUCUAGGAAGAAGAUACGGAAGCAAAGAACAAUCGCGAUGAUUCUCGAAGUGAGAUGACGGAAUCGUGAUUAGAAAGCGUUACUUUGGCCGAAAAUAAGGUCGUUGAACAAAUACGUAAAGUGGAGCGAAGCGCGUUCUGCUCUCGAAAACGCGUUCUCAUCCGAUUUCUCCAGGUCCGCGAUAGUCUCGACUAUUAUUAUUAUUAUUAUUUAUGUAAAUUAGAAUCGCGCUGAAUAAGAAGGAAAGGAAAAGUCGCAAUGCGGUCGAUUUCUUGGGCCGAUGACAUUCGCGAAAGAGGAAAAAGCAGGACAAGUGCUCCUCUUCUUUUCUUCGCGCCCACGAAACGAGAGCUCGCUUGGGUCUCUCGCGAGGAUCGCGACGUUCAAUGACGAGGACAAGACGAUCCAUGGAGACGUCCCACUUGUAAAUAAUCAUAACGGAUUCUUCCUGCUCUGUCUUCCCUCCUCUUCCUCUCCCUUGCCGAAUUAAGUCCUGUUGUUUCCUAGAGG